CUCUCCCACACGAUGUGGCGAAUGGCCAUGUGUCCAACGCUGUACGGAAUCCGCUACAUCGUGUGGGACCGGUUUAAUUUUAGUUCACUAGUUUCCUUGAUUUUUAGUUCACUAGUUUAGUUUCCUUGAUUUUUAGUUCAAUCAGCAAUGUGACACUAGCAUUAUUUCUGUAUUCUAUGACAAUUGUCUUACGACGGACGCCGGCGACUGUGACCUGUCAGCACAAAGACGUCAAAUUAUUUUUUAGGUUAUGAAUACUUGGCGUCUAGAUAAAUACAAACAUUGAUGAUUAUUAGAGUGAUAAUGGGAAUUGAUUUCGAUAUUUUAGAGCACUGCAGAAAAGUAAGGUCCGAACAUGGUCCUCCAUAUCCAUGUCCAGUUGAAAAAUGUGACAGAGUGUAUAAAACAGUGUGUGGUCUACAACAUCACCUAAAAACAUUUGAUCAUGAUAAUCCCAAUCCUGCACCUCAGACUCCAACCACACCAAGUACACCAAAGAACAAAAAAGGAAGAAACAGAUUGACCAAAGGAAAAAUUCCACCUACCCCUAGUGCCCCAGAACCCUUAACCUUUGAAGAAGCUCAAAAAAUGGUACAGUUUGAGGUAAAUGGUGUAGCUUGUAGGUGGAACAUAAAUGACCCUCUGGAUGUUGUACCAAAGGAAGGUUUUUCAGAAGAUCAUGUGGACAUGGAAAUCAAAGUUGAACCUGAAAAACCACAAGAACCAGUACUGACCCUACCAAAAGCUAGUUACAAAGAACUAGAUUUGUACAACAUAUGUGAUGCCCCUCUACGACCCAAUGCCUACAUUCGAUUCAUAGAAAAGAGCACUGAAGAACUAGAUGGAGAAGUGGAAUAUGAUGUGGAUGAGGAAGAUACUGCUUGGCUUUCCAUUGUGAAUGAGAAAAGAGAGGCAGCUGGCCUUGCACCAGUUUCUGUUGAUUCUUUGGAGCUGUUAAUGGAUCGAUUGGAGAAAGAAUCUUACUUUCAGGCUUCUGUAAAUGGUCAGUCCGGCUCAGUUGUUGAUGAUGAUGCAGUCUGCUGCAUCUGUAUGGACGGAGAGUGUCAAAAUACAAAUGUUAUUCUUUUCUGUGACAUGUGUAACCUAGCUGUACAUCAAGACUGUUAUGGCGUGCCAUACAUUCCAGAGGGGCAAUGGCUCUGCAGAAGAUGUCUUCAGUCCCCUAGCAGAGCAGUUGAUUGUGUAUUAUGUCCCAAUCAGGGAGGUGCAUUUAAGCAAACUGAUAGAGGUACAUGGGCCCAUGUUGUGUGCGCCCUUUGGAUACCAGAAGUUCGAUUUGCCAAUACUGUGUUUUUGGAGCCUAUAGAUUCCAUUGAAACAAUACCAGCAGCAAGAUGGAAGCUGACUUGUUAUGUCUGCAAGCAGAAAGGUGUGGGAGCAUGUAUUCAGUGCCACAAAAAUAGCUGUUACUCUGCAUUCCACGUGACAUGUGCUCAACAGGCUGGACUUUACAUGAAAAUGGAUACCGUGAAGAAUAGUGGCGAUUCGCAACCUGUGCUAGUUCAGAAAAUUGCCUAUUGUGAUACGCAUGCACCUGCUGAGAGCCCUGAACUAAAGAAAGACGAUCCUCGCAAAAAGAUGCAGCAAGCCCGCAAAAAACUAGCCAAAAACCGUAGUUCAGCACCAGUCAUUCUGAUCCCUACAAUACCACCUGAGCGGAUUCAGGAAAUCGGCUCUUUGGUCACCAUCGCUAAAAAAUCUCAGUUCAUUCAGAGAUUAAUCGCCUAUUGGACUUUAAAGAGACAAUUCAGGAAUGGGGUGCCUUUACUGAGACGCUUGCAAAGUGCUCAAGGUGGAACCAGAGACUCGAAUACCUGCAACGUGGACACGAUAGAGCUAUGUAGGCAACUCAAAUACUGGCAGUGUCUGAGACAAGAUCUAGAGAGGGCCCGGUUAUUAUGCGAGCUGGUGAGAAAAAGAGAAAAGAUGAAACUAGAAUACACAAGAGUGUCCGAGAAAUGCUGGAACAUCAAAUUGAAACCGUUGCAAGCCAGUUUGAAAAAUGUUUUAGAUCUGAUACAGGCGAAGGAUACCAAUGAAAUUUUUAGCGAACCUGUUAAUUUGGACGAGGUUCCAGACUAUACUACUGUAGUUACUGAGCCCAUGGAUAUAAGCACCAUGAGACAAAAAUUAGAGGAAGGAGCGUAUCCUGAUUUGAAAUCGAUGGAAAAAGAUUUUGAUUUAAUGAUAGCAAAUUGUUUAGCGUAUAACAACAGGGAUACUGUAUUUUACAGAGCUGCAAUAAAAAUGCGAGAUCAAUGUGGAGUAAUAUUCAGGCAAGCAAAGAAGGAAUUAGAAGCUGCUGGUCUACUUUCCACUGAUAAGGAUAAUACUUCAAAUGCUAGUACUGGUGAUGAAACAUUUGCUUCGGAAAUUGACAAGGAGUUAGAAAGCUUGCAGGGUAAAACUGGACCUGAGGUGAUAUCAAAGCUGGAAGAUUUGUUGGUUCGAAGUCAAACGUUGAAACAUGGUCUGGCGCGAGCGAAAAGGGUGAAGUUGGUGAGGAGUGAACUAAAUAAAGCAAAAAAGAACUUGGCUUCACAAACUGAUACUGAUUUGACCUCGCAGUCGGAUAUAGAAGGUGAAAAUGAUGCAGCUGACUUAAAAACAUCGCCUUCAGGAGUCAAUAGAAGAACGGCCGUUCUUUUCACCAAAAAGGCGCAGGCAGCCUUAAAGAAAGACGAAAAAGAUGAGAAAGAAGACUGCGCUCCCUCUUCUCCAUCUAAACAAAAAAAGAAAAGCAGAUCCUCUGGAACUGGACAUGACACCAUACCAGACAGCUUUAAGGUUUACCGUUUGGGGGCGCAACAUACAGAUUCUUCCCACUCUAGUGAUAGCGAUAACAGUUUGUCCACCUGCUAUUCACAUUCUCUGUCAGAAAUUGCCUCUGAUGACGACGAGGAUGAUGAUGACGAUGAAAGCGUUGGAUCACAGGCUACAGCUGGGGCGGCUAGUGGGACAGAUGAAAAAGGACCAAAAGAGGAACAAAAAUUAGAUCCAUUGCGUUUGGUUUGGGCUAAAUGUCGAGGAUAUCCAUGGUAUCCAGCUCUAAUAAUUGAUCCUCACAUGCCUAAAGGCUACGUACACAAAGGUGUACCAUUACCUUCUCCGCCCCAAGAAGUUCUGGACUUGUCUCAUAACUACAUCGAUACCGUAUACUUGGUGCUCUUUUUUGAUGCGAAAAGAACAUGGCAGUGGUUACCACGUGAUAAAUUGGAGAUUUUGGGAUUAGAUCCUGCUAGAGAUGAAGCGAAGGCAAAUGAACCAAGGAAACCCACUGAUCGUAAAGCAGUGCGCAAAGCGUAUGACAAUGCACUCGCAUAUCAAACCCAAGUAAAUGAAGCAAAGGAAGAGGAUACGGCAGCCUAAAUUUGGACCAUGUUUUUAGCAAGACCCACUGCCGGGAAAGUGAGCUUUUUAAACAUUACUGCUUAUUGAAUUGCUUAGUCGUAUUACUUUAUAUUUUUUAUAUCUAUUUAUUGUGAAUUAAAAUUUAUGUAGCUUUGCAACUUUACAACUCAAAUAAAAACGAAAGUUUGAUGAAUACAUA